CCUCCACCAUUGUUGAAUUGGCGGUGAAACGUAGUCAAAAGUUGGCACGCCCCUCAUCUGUCGGCAUAGUACCCUCUACACCCAUACUAUCGGGACGUGAUCGGACUGCAUCCAUAACGGGCCCACAACCGGUUGAUAGCAUCAAACGUCGUGAAAUGGAAACGUAUAAAAUACAAACGCUACAAAAGAUGCUGGAACAGGAGAAACUGAAUUUGGAACGUCUGAAAGGUGAUACCAACGAUCCGAGCUAUAAACUUUCCGAAGCGAAUAUACGAAAGCUGCGCGAACAAUUGCGAAAAAUCGGUGCAGAGGUAUGUGCUAGAGGGGACUUGAUAAAGAUUUAUUGAAGUUAAUGCUCUUUUUUAUUCGUAUUCUCUUUUUUACUACCGACAAUAUACUGCUCAUUUA